GUCACUGGGUGUUGGUUGCUAUGGAUCUUUCGAGACUAAUGGUGUAUUAUCUCGAUUCGUUAUCGGGUGAUUGGAGUAAAUAUCCGAGUAUGAAGAAGACGGUUGACGCGGCAAUACUAAAAUUUAGAUCGAAAAAGAAUUACCGUAAUAGGAAGGACAUUACCUGGAUCAGAGUUCAGUGUCCUCAGCAAAACAAUUCGGUCGAUUGCGGAUUUUUUGUAUUGAGAUUUAUGAGAGAUAUCAUUGCGUUGAAUCGUAUAGACAUCCCAAAAAUGUACUUUGAGGAAUACAAAUCUUACUCAAGAGCUCAUUUGGAUGAAAUGAAGGAUGAAUUGUGUCAAUUCAUUGUUGAUCAAAGAAUCAUAUAGCUAGGUUGUAUAUUGUUG